AGAAGGCUGCCUCUUGAUAACUGUGUUUUUGGUGACUAUCGCAACACAUUCAAGUCAAAAGUUGUUGAAGCUUGCUCUGUUAUCCGCAACUUGGUUCUUAGAGCCAAGCUCUUUGUGAAUUACUACGUCUUGGAAAAUGCCACUCUUGCUGAGCCAAAAUGUAUUAAAUGUAUCUUUACACAAAAUUUCUGGUACUCUAUGAUACAGCUAGUGAAUGGACAAAGACCAACAAAUAGUAGGAUGGUAUCAGAACAAUUAUUGAGCUCGUUUGAUUCUUUUAAAACGACUUACCCUAAGAUUGUCUUCCCUGUCAAGCUCUUUCCUGGACUUAGUCAAGCCAUUACAGAAGCAUGCACCGAAAUUGCUACUUCCUAUACGAACAGUAUAGUGGAAAAUUUUGAGGAGAAACUUCUCUAUUUUUUGAUAUAUAAAAUACAAACAGCAUUUGUGUGUAUGCCUUGGAAGCUUGUCAAAAAGGUCACAAGUGAUUUCUGCUAUCAAGAUAUAUGCCAAGGAAAACCUAAAUGGCCAACUGAUGACUACCUUACCAAAGAUAUAAAAGCAAAGAUCCAAACCUUCUGUGAACCUUGGAAGAAGAAGCUGGGGAAGAAAGUGAACAUGAAGACAUUAUCCGCUGAUCCUGGGUCUUUCGUACCCUUUUGUUAUCUUUGA